AUGACGUGCCAGUUGGCCAGGCCUUUGCAAAUCAUCAGCUUCCGGAAGGACGAUCACACCUUCAACCUCGACACUCGUGCCUUGGAGAGCAUUCUCCUCGGUGACUCGGUCCGUGACCUCAAUGUGAUGGUUCUGUCAGUGGCUGGGGCCUUCCGUAAGGGAAAAUCCUUCUUGUUGGACUUCAUGUUGCGGUUCAUGUACAAACAGAAGUUUGGAUCUACAGCAAACUGGCUGGGCAGAGAUGACAAGCCGCUGACCGGAUUCUCAUGGAGGGGAGGCUCUGAUCCUGACACAAACGGGAUCCUGAUCUGGACUGAAGUGUUUACUGUGCAGAAGCCGAAUGGGAGAAAGAUUGCUGUGGUGCUCAUGGACACUCAGGGAGCCUUCGACAGCCAAUCGACCGUGAAGGACUGCGCCACCGUCUUCGCCCUUAGCACUAUGACGAGCUCUGUCCAGGUCUACAACUUAACAAACAAUAUUCAGGAGGAUGACUUACAGCAUCUUCAGCUCUUCACUGAAUAUGGACGUUUGGCUAUGGACGAGAUUUCACUCAAACCUUUCCAGACACUGAUGUUUCUGGUCCGGGAUUGGAGCUUUCCUUACGAGUAUCCGUACGGAUUGGAAGGAGGCAAAGACUUUCUGGAAAGGCGACUACAGGUCAAACCUCACCAACACGAAGAUCUGCAGCUGGUGCGGAAACACAUCCAGUCAUGUUUCAAUCACAUCCAGUGCUUCCUAAUGCCCCACCCAGGGCUCAAAGUUGCGACCAACCCUGCUUUCGAUGGGAAGCUGAGAGAUAUCGACCAUGACUUCAAGACUCACCUGGAGACUCUGGUCCACACUCUACUCAGUCCUGAGAAACUGGUGGAAAAAGAGAUCGGAGGCUCCAAGGUCACCUGCAGGAACCUGUUGGAAUAUUUCAAGGUUUAUAUUAAAGUUUUCCAAGGAGAGGACCUCCCGCAUCCCAAAUCUAUCCUGGAGGCAACAGCUGAAGCCAACAACCUAGCUGUGAUUGCGUUGGCCAAAAACUAUUACCAGCAAGCCAUGGACGGGCUGUGCGGAGGAGAUAAGGCCUACGUGCAGCCCAGCAAGAUCCGGGAGAGGCACCGAGUGUACCGCGAGGCGGCCGUUGAGAAGUUCCGAGCGACGAAGAAGAUGGGCAGGCAAGCCCUGAUCAUGCAGCAUGAGGACCAGCUGGUGAGGAACAUCGAGGAGAUGCUGGACAGUUACCUCAAGUUCAACCAGAGCAAGAACUUCUUCAGCCUCGUCCGCACGCCCAGUACCAUGCUGCUGCUGAUAAUCAGCAUGCACGUCAUCUCUGGCUUCCUGAGCCUGCUCGGACUUAGCUUUCUUUCUGUCAUCUGCAACUUUGUCAUUGGCAUAUGCUCGCUCACCCUCAUGACCUGGUCCUACAUCAAGUACACAGGGCAGAGCCCGCUCCUGGGAGAGAUCAUCGACACAAUCAGCGAUAAGAUCCUCAGCGGGGUGAGUGAAAGCUGUGUGUCUCCCAUCGCUAUUGCACCCCCCCGCAACUGGCUGUCACCUUCAGGGAGACUAGAGGUAUCUGGUGACCAGCAGUUCCUGAACUGGGAUGGUCACGUACAUGAUAUUGACUCGGUUCGGGAACUCCGAGCAGGCGACCCUGAUCACCGGCCUGGUGCAAGCCGCAAGGAACCAGUGAUGGUUUUACUCUGGCACAGGCUCAGGGGCAAGCUCCCUCCCUCCUGA